AUGAUUAUUAACGAAUAUCGUGUUAUUAACAACUGUACUGAAAAGGAAUAUCAAGUUGCUCAAUUAUAUGCCACUGCGAUGGCAUCAAAGAAUUCAACUGGAGGAGGUGAAGGUGUAGAGGUGCUCAAGAACGAACCUUAUGAAAAACCUGGUGAAAAGGGUCAAUAUACCUAUAAAAUUUACCGCUUAGAAUCUCGUGUACCUUCCUUUAUACGUGCUCUUGCUCCAGCUGGUUCACUUGAACUUCAUGAAGAAGCAUGGAAUGCUUAUCCUUAUUGUAAAACAGUUCUAACGAAUGGUUAUAUGGGAGAUAACUUUUCAAUUGUUUAUGAAACCUUACAUGUUGAUGGAUCUCGUGGUGAAAUAGAAAAUGCGCUCAAGAUUUCUGAUGAGGAUCUCAAGAAGCGUAAUGUGAUCAUAAUUGACGUUGCAAAUGAUCCUAUUGAGAAGAAAGAUUAUAAGCCUGAUGAAGACCCAAAGACCUUUAAAUCCGAAAAGACCGGUCGUGGUCCACUAACAGAUCCUUUAUGGAAACAAAAGUGUGAACCAGUUAUGACUUGCUAUAAGCUUGUCUACAUCAAAUUCAAAUGGUUUGGGUUACAAGGAACCGUAGAAAAGUUCAUUGCAAGCUCUAUUCAAAACUUAUUCACCACUUUCCACAGACAACUAUUCUGUUGGACAGACAAGUGGUAUGGCUUGACAAUUGAAGAUAUUAGAAAGAUUGAAGAACAGACAAAGAGAGAUUUGGACGAAAAGAGAAAUGCAGGAGCUCCUGUUGCUGUUGAAAACAAGUAG